AUGCCCAAACAAAUCAAUUUCUUUAAGGGGCACCCUACGCUCGAUCUCCUACCAAAGGAAGAGCUCUCAAAUGCUUUUACGAGAGUUAUCAGAGACACUGCUCACACAGACUACGAAUCGGAUCCCGAUAACCGACACCCACUCCAGUAUGGCACUGAUCCAGGCAAUCUAACAGCUAGACAAGCGCUAGCUCAAUGGGUGAAUAAACAAUUUGAUCGGGACUCUUUGCUGGCUAAUCAGAUAAACUUGACGGGAGGUUCGUCUUAUGGGGCACAAAAUAUACUAUUGGCGACUACAAGCACAGAGAUUACAAAGCAGGCUUUCAUUGUACUGCCCACGUACUUCUUGAUCAAUUACGCAUUCAUAGAUGCUGGUUUUGAGGGAAAAAUGACAGCAAUAAAGGAAACCCCUGGCGAACAAUAUGAAAUUGAUUUGGACUACUUGAAAGAGCAAUUGGAGUAUCACGAUCAAAAGAAUGGGUUGGAGCCCGUGGGAGAUACCGAAAUUAACAUUUUGAUCGAUCCCACCGGAAGAGGCAAAAGAAAGCAGUAUCGCUAUGUGAUGUAUUUGGUUCCAACUUUUUCGAACCCUGGAGGACUCACCUACAGUGAGUCUACGAGGUCAAAGCUCGUGAAGUUGGCGAGAAAACACGACAUGCUACUUCUUUCUGACGAUGUGUACGACCAUCUCCACUACGAAGGUAAACCUCCUGUCAGAAAGCUUAGUCAAAUUGAUCAAGACACUUUGCCCAAGAAUUGGUCUUACGGGAAUACCGUUUCUAAUGCCUCAUUCUCGAAAAUUAUAGCACCAGGUUUUCGAGUCGGUUGGCAGGAAACUGUAUCUCUGGCAUUGGCUCUGCAAUUGGCCACCACCGGUGCCAACAAGUCAGGUGGAUCACCUGGGCAGUUGAACUCGAUAGUUGUGCAGCAUUUCAUCGAGGAUGGGAUUUUGAAUAAGACAAUAGAGUUCUAUAAGAAGACAUACAAGCUGAGAUCCCAGACACUCAGACAAGCAUUGGAGAAGCACCUUCCAACGAAGCACACAAAGAUUUACGGUGGCGAUGGAGGUUAUUUCACUUGGGUAGAGAUUAAAGAUCUGAGCGUCGACUUGCAGAAGGUCAUAAUCACGCUUCAGAAGACCCACAAUGUGGUGAUAGCAGACGGAGGGAAUUUUGAGGUGGCUGGUGAUUCCCUAGGGUGGAGUAAGAUUGGAGCCCGUUUAUGCGUAGCUCUUUUGAACGAACAAGAGAUCGAGGAAGGCAUCGAACAAUGGGGAAAGGUGUUACGUGAAGCUCAUCCAGACCUUUACUAG